GGGCGCCCUUCCGGCAGCCCCUGAUAUGUGGAGGCGGGCCCAUCGCCGACCCCAGACGUCCGCGCCGCGCUCGGGAAGUUCCUGCCGAUGCCGACCUGUUCUUCUUCGACCAUCCCCUUCCCGGGCCUGCCGCUGCUGCACUCCAUGGACGAGUCUUCGGUCUGGGCGAUGACCACGCAGGGGGAGUUCUUCGCGAACGACCGCUUCGCCGCGGUGCCGCGCAGUGCCCUGAGCGCCUAUUUCGAGGGCUGGAAGCUGAUCGUGACGGGCGAGGCAGAGGAUGUUUUCCUGAAGGUCCUCCCGCGCGCUGGCGUCCCCGUUUUCCUGGCCGAGGGCACGAACUGUGAGGCCUGGCUCUAUGCGCGCCUCGAGUAUGCCGGCGUUGGCCUGGCUGCCAUGCCAGCAAUGGCUUACGUUCAGUGCGCACCUGGGGAGGACUGGGCGAGUCUGCGCACGCUUGGCUACUUCUCCUGCACCCCGUUCUCGGGGUUAUUCUCCGAUGAAUCUGGAGCUCUGACAGAGGCUUUUGGCGGGUGCAAAUAUCCGACGGAGGUCAAGAACAUCAUAGCCACAGACACAGCCCUCCAGGACUUUGACUUGGACGGGACCGUUCAUCCAGGGAGCCGGUCCCGUGACGCUGCGGACGAGCUCUGGAACCACCGGCUGGUGCGCCUCUUCAGCCCCGAGCCAUCCGCCAUGGUGUGGACUACCGAGAUGGUUUACCAGGCGACCACGCAGUGCAUGGAGCGCGAGGUGAGGAGGUACCUGAAGGAGGGGAGCUGCACGAAGGUGGAGACAUACGCGCUCGAGGCCCUCUGGUGCCGCAGGCUCCUGACCAGAGUCCUCGCGCUUGCCCAGUCGCGCAACGAGUACUACUGGGACGCCCUGGAGCUGUCGAGGGCGAUGCUCCUGGCUGCCCCCCUGCACUUCGCGCACUGGAUCCGCCUGAUCUCCGUGCUGAUGCACCCCACUCUCCGCUCGAUCGAGGCCGCUCACGUGGCCUACAAGGAGGCCCGCAAGCUGAACCCGGCGCAUCCGGUCAUGCCGGGCCUAGGCAAGCUCAUCUCGGAGGGGGGCCAGCCGAGACCACGGCGCCGCUCCCGUCCGACCGCGG